GCAAGUACCUUGCAAAAAAAUUACAUAAUUCUUUGCUUUUAAAGCCUUCCGUAAAUUUAAAAAUUGAAUUUAUGACGCUAAUACUAACUUGUGAAAAAUCUAAGAGAAGAUAAAACUCUUUCCUUUUCUUCAAUUUUAUUUUUGCUAAAAAAUUCUGUUUGAUAAUUGCUGUUGAAGAUGGCUGCACGUCGUAUUGCUAAAUCUUCUAUUAAUUGGUCGGCUUUGGCUGAACGUGUGCCACCAAAUCAAAAAGCUCAGUUUGCUGCCUUUAAAAUCAAAUCGGAUGUUUAUAUGCGUGCCGUCAUGUCUAACCCCGAAACAGCACCAAAAAUUGAUUGGGCUCAUUAUAAGAAUCUAAUUCCUAUUCCCGGUUUGGUAGAUACUUUCCAGAAACAUUACGAAGCUUUGAAAGUGCCCUACCCACCAGAUAAUGUUACUUCUCAGGUAGAAACUCAAGCUAAAGAAGCCAAAGCUGAAGUCGAGUCGUUUAAAAAAAGUUCUGAGCAACGCAUUGCCCAAUACAAAAAGGAGAUCGCUCAUCUGAAUUCUCUGUUGCCAUAUAAUCAAAUGACUAUGGAAGAUUAUCGCGACUCAUUCCCUGAUUUAGCUUUGGAUAGUGCUAAUCGACCUACUUUCUGGCCUCAUAAUCCUGAGGAACAAGUUGGUUACGUAUCGAAAGAACAAGAGGCUGCUCGGGCUGAGCAUGCCAAAGAGCAUUAAGCAUUUCAAAUGCAAGGAGCUUAAUUAUAAGAUAUAAAAAUUUGUGACUAC